GAUGGCGGACGAAGGUGAUGACGAUUCGUGGGAAAAUUUCUUUGAAAACAAUCGAUCUGUGCCCCUACAUAAAACCCGAAGAGAAAAAGAAGAAGGGAAUAGUAUUCCUUAUCGUUUAAACUUAAAAUCGGUUGAAGGAAUACCUAUUCCGAGUUUUGUGAACCAAAAGGCAGUUGAAUUCCAAGUUCGUGUUACACUGUAUGAUGCAACGAACAAGCACUUUUUUGGCAGUACCUGGCUCGGUGCGUAUUUACCUUGGAGAAAAAUGGACGAAAAUCAUGCUAAAAUUUCUUGUAAUGAGGCGCUGUAUUUUCAUUCUUCGCUGAACGACGUUACUUGUGUCGGUGCUGUUGAAGUUAUAGCAUCAGAUGAUGUAAAUGGUGUAAGUUGUUCGUGCGGUUGGGGGAUUCUCAGGAUUUUCGACUCGACUAUUUCUUUUGAAGACUCGUCACAAACAAGAGAUAUUGCAGCAAGCAGAUUGAACUUCAUGCGUGGUACGGUUCAAGCGUUGUUGUACAUGUCUGAGCCUCUGGAAGAUUUUCCUGGCUUGCAGCCAACCCCUGGAUUUCAAUUGCUCUAUCAGCUCUCAAGACAUUCUUCUUUAGAAAAGAUCGUUCAUUUGUUUCCGGAAAACGCCCUGAUUGGAGGAGAUGACAUUGUACCUGGUGUACGAGAAGGACCCCCUGAUGCAAAUGGCAUUGUCGAUAUUUUAUAUAAACCUCGCAUUGAGAAAACUUUUAUGGCCUUUAUUGAUAAGCUCCACAUAAAUUUGUCGCCAUGUGUUGAAGAUUUUGAAAAGAAUUUGAUCGAUGAUCUUAAUGCCGACCGCUUGUUAAAGAUCAAUGUCCAAGAUGGUUGUAACAGUGUUAAGAUUGUUGAGAGGAAGCUACAGGUUGGGGUCCACAAUGGUUGGUCAUUCGUCAGUAAGCCACAUAUUGUGGUUCUGGAACCAGAAUACGCUGGACAAGUUAAGAUGGGAAGCAGAGCUAAUUCCAUGUCAUCUCUGAAAGGCAACAUCACACGACUCGUUUUGCGAAGUCGUCUUGAACUAUCGGAACUUUUCGCCAACAAAUUGCUUGCCAUCGUCUUUCAACUCAACUAUGUCAUGUCAGAGGAGUUUGCUAAGCCAGUUGUCGUCGAUAAUGCUGAUGACUCUGGCGUGCGGAGAAAACGGACGUCGUGGAGAAACACUGGCAAUUCCCCGACAGGAAGUUUGGUUCGCUCAAAGAGUUUCAACGUUUGCGUCCGUCAAGGUGUCUGGGAACCAUUUAAAGAUGGUCUCAUUGAUGACAAGAUGGUCACCAUGACUUUACAAUGUGGCGGUCACUAUCACCCUGGCAACGUGCUGACGUGGUCUGACGUGAACGGUGGCAAGGAGCCGUCAGAGGAUACUAUACAUUUUCGCUUCGCGUCAAAACGCAAGUCAGAGCAGAAGAGAGCUGGCUCAAAAGCGUCGACCUACCAAAGAUUACUCUCAGCCCCGGGAUCCGUGGGGACAGCGGAGACAUACAGUACAUUAGGAACGCAGGAUAUCCCUGAAGAUCAUAGGACACUUCAAGCUGCGGAGCCUUGGAACGACAAAAGAAUGUCGUUUGGCUCUGAUUUCCCGCCUUACCAACCAGCGAUGAUGCCAGAACGACCUCCAUCUCACAGUCCAGUGGUUGGCAUGCGAGAGAUCAGUACAACGUACAAUCAUCGUCCGUUGUUACCACCAGGACAGACUGCUACCAGGAGUUCAUCAGGUUUGACUCGUGCCGGUCAUGCCCGUCUAACUAGUGCCCAAUUCCCGACAAUUCUCGACCGCCACGGCAAUCCGCCGAUAGCUGUCGACCCGACGGUGGUUCGUAAAUACGAUCUACAAUACGAGAAGACGGAUAUCAGGCAUUGUAAUGAAAUUGUGCUGCAGUUCCUCGCUUUGUCAGGUUGUUUUCAUCGAACUGUGUUUUUCACAUAUCAGUUUUAUCGCCUACCUGAACAUACCACUGAGAGAUUAGCUUUGCGUGACGUUGAAAAUCAAGCAAAGUCAAACGCUUUUCUUCCAUGUUUGCUCCAGAAAUUCAAUAAAGAUGGCUCUCUCGAUAAUCAGCCUGGUUUGCAGUUCAAGUAUUCGUUUGAUCCUUGCGACAUGCAGCCGGGAGAAAUGCGCCAAUUGUGGAAAUAUCUGAACAACCAGUAUCUUCAUAUUGACGUUUGGGACGGUGAUUCAUUGCUGCUUGUUGGAUCAACGUCUGUUGAGUUGAAGCAUCUUCUUCGCCAAGGACAAGAAGCUGUACAAGUCGUCCAUGAAUUAGACAUCUUAUCGACUGAAUAUCUCGACGAUUCACCCGCGCUUGGCGGAGAACUGGUUCGUAACGUGAGUGUGAAACCCGUUGGAGCGUCGAUGAGAUUCGAGGGAAAACUACACUUCAGAAUGGCAAACAUAGGACACCCAAGUGAAAAUCCUUCAGGAAAACCAUGUAUUGUCCCAAGAAAACAACGUCAUGUUGUGACGGCAGAAAGCAAUGAUAGUCCAUAUGGUGGUGUUCCCAAAAGAUCUAAAGCAAAGUUGAUGAGCGAAUGUGACCAGGAGCUUGCCACUGUGUUGUUUUCCCGCGAUAAAGACAAAAACAGAAAUAAUGAUAAAAAACCAACUAAACAAGCUGAUGCCAUCAGACAAAGAAAACUGGAAAGAAUGCAAGCGAUAAGAAAGGCACAGAAAGGUCUCGCUGUCACGACUACUCAUUUAAUCAAGGAAGAAAAGGUUCAACGUGCUCGUGAUCUGAAAACUGUUCAAAUGUACAGACAACAGUGCAAGAAAGAUGGCAUCAUGGAACUGCUGUCCAGGAGUAUCACCACAAAUCACACAGUACAUCCAUGUUUUGGUCACGCGGAAUUCUUCGAGUUCGUUCUUAAGAAUCCGUACGCUUCUGAGACGAGUGUUAUCAUACAAUGUGAUGACAAUGAGUUGAUGGUCGUAUCCGACACAAGAGAAUGGAAAAAUUUCAAGAAAAUCACCCAGACCGUAACAAACAUUGAAGAAGACAUGUUUAAUCUAGCAAGCGACAGCGGGUAUCCCGAAGUGUUUAUGAGACCGCAAGAGUCAUUGAAUAUACCAUUUAAAUAUCAAAGCUUUAAAACAACACACGAGCAGGACUCUUCAAAUCCACUUGGGACAAAGAUCAAGGACGUUACUCGUAAAGUGGCCAAUAAUGGCCAUUCACCUCGCAGUAUAAAGGUGAUAUUUGAAACACCUCAACAACAACGUCUCGGAAUCCUUUCACUCAACGUCCAGCUGCAACCUGUGGCUGUCGACCAAACAUUCAGAUUUUACAGUCCCGAGCAAACGUACUUUAAGAAAUCGAUCAGAUUGCCACCAUGGCAUGCGUUGACAGAUGAGCCAUUACGAGACGGAGAAGGACCAUGUGAAAUUCUUGUUCGCUGCAGUGACGUGAAUGUUAUAUGCAGCACUACCUCUGCGGGUGUCGAUCAUCCUCAAGACAUCCUCCUGAAAGUUCCUUGCGGAGCUUCGCCUUCCGUCAGAAGAUUUUUCUUGUUUAUUUUUACAGAUCCUUUUCUGACAAGACCUAAACAGACUUGGCAAAUUUACGUUCAUUCAUUACAAAGAUUGGACAUAAGUUCCGUUCAAGGUCAAAGUAGUCGUCUUUUUUGUAUCGUUCGUGGUUCUCAUAGUUCAAGACUUGUCCAGUGUUAUUCCUCAAAUCCAACAGAGCUUCAGGUUGAGCCCUCAGAUCCCUUCAUGUUAAUGGCAAACUCAGUUCAAGAAGUUAGCUUCGUUUUUAAUCCUUCGUCACCAGGCUCCAAGCAGAUAUUUGUGAAUGUUGUUGACACCGAGUUUCAUCAACUUGUUCGUUCUUGGCUGGUAUGCGCGACAUGCCGUCCUCCUGUCAUUUCAAAAACGUUUGACAUGAAUGUCGAAGUGGGUGGAGGAAAGGGAUCGCAAAAGCGAAUUGAGUUUGCCAAUCCAUAUCCCGUGGGCAAGAUAUUUUAUCUGAAAUGUGACCGUGAGGAUGUACUUCAUUUUGGAGACACUACUUUAAACCUAGGACCAGGUGAAUCACAGAAUAUCAGGCUGCGAUUUCAGCCCCAGAACAAUCCAAUUCAAAUCCAGGUUUUAAUGUUUGUGUAUGAUGAGGAUGGCAAAAACGAGGAGACGUUUCUACUGAACGUUCUUUAUCGUUGACACCUCGUAAGGCUGGCGUGACACCGAAAGAAGAACUACAUGUGUUGGGCUGUGUUGUGUAAUGUGCAGGAACAGUUAGAGUCGGGCCAGGCUAUGCAGUUGUGAAAGGUGGCUGUACUGCGAGCCUGACCUGUGGCUACCAUCACAUUAUCGAUGCUUGAAAUCCAGGGAUUUGUCAUGAAACAGUCAAGAAUAUAAGAGGCUCCGAGAAAGUCGUAGAGAUUGAUGGAACACAAACUCAAACACGAAAAUCAUUGACUCG